AUGAACAUUCUACUCUCGAGCCAGGCAAAUGGUGGGCUUAGAGUUGUAAGAAUUAAGGCUGGUGAUGAGAAGUUGAAGCUUAUUGCCAAAAGUGAAUUUUGCUGUGAAGGCAAGGAAAACUACAUACAAAAAUUAAUUUCUUUUGAGUUUCAGGGAAAGUCAUACCUAGCAAUAGCUAGAAAGUCCGGUUUAGUGCAAUUAUAUGAAAAUGUACAUGAAAGCACUCCUGGAAAGGAUUCUAAAAAGAGUAGAAAGAGUUACAAGUUGUAUAAGGACUGGAAACACUCUAAUAUGAACACCAAUGAUCAGAUUAUUGCAAUCGGCUUUAUUGAUGGGAGAUAUCUAUACAGUUGUUCGAAUGAAGGCAAACUUGUAUUUAGGGACUUGAUUAAUGACGAUGCUAAUGAAAGUUAUAUGGUUUUUUUGAUCCAGAAGCCGGUGAAUUGCUUCACCAUCAGAUGUAUGGAGAACGAAUUCGGUGAAUCGACUGGUUCGUACUUGGUUGCAUGUGCGGGCAAGAAUAACGAGCUAAAAUCAUAUUCUAUAUUGUUUGAGAGGACUGAUGCUGCCAUCCAAAAUGCUAACAUAUCCGCUAGCUAUUAUGGAAGUACAAAUAACUUAGAUCUCGUUGAGGCCGCAGAAGAAUUAGAGAAUAAUGAUGCUGACGAUGACGAAGACGAUGACAAUGCCAGUGACAAUGAAGUAAAUGAAGAUUUUGCUAAUCUCGACUACCGUGAAGAGCUUGUUGACAGUGAUGGUGAUGAAGUUGUACUAGUUAGUUUUCAUCCAGUAUUACCCAUAAUCCAAUUUUCGACUAGUAGGUAUAGAGAUUCUAAUGGAAGAGAAGCGAACGGCAGGCUGGAAUCCCGUAUGAAUAAUAUGCGGCCAAUUCUGUUUCCGACCUUCGGCAAUCUGUCACAUUUAUACAGACAUUACGCAGAUUUGGUUAGAACGAAUCGUAGAUCUGCUACUGUUGAUACCUUUUCUGCACGCACAACUUCAAUUUUCAAUGAAAGGAAAGUUAAAACUUUAAUCCCUAAUUGGUCAUCUCGAACUACCUACAAAGACCAUACGUAUACUUCGUCACUUCCAGACAAAGCAUUUAAUUGGUUUGUAUCGAUUACCUUUGUUCCAGGGAAACCAGAGUUCGUACUUUGUGGUAACCAGUUUGGAGAGCUAUUCGUGUACGAUACAUCUAGAUCCAGAUUUCCUGUCAGGAAAAUACGCCUAUCUCAAUUCAGCAUUACAAGGGUGCAAAUUUUUGAAAACAACAAUUGCCAAUACAUUGCAUACUCUGAUUCUAUGUCUCGAAUAGGAAUUCUCAAUUUCCAUACUUUUCAACAAGUGAAUUGUUUCGAUGGCAUUAAGAUGGGUCCAAUCUCCUCGUCUCUCUUCAUAUUUCCUCCUCCAAAUAACUACAAUAUGAACUAUAAGCGUAAACUACAUAAAGCUUCGUCAUAUUCAAACUUCGAUCCUAUAAUAUUCAUAACUUCGACGAUAGAGAAAAAGUUAUUGAUAUAUAAGCUAUACAAUGAUAAUUCAAAACAGCUAAUUGGGGAAAUGUUAACAGAUUCUUUAAUACCAAGUAUAUGUUUUAAUGGGAGAGACGUUAACGAUGCUAAGGUUUACGAAAUGUUGGCUGCAAAUAUGCAGCAUAAUCUCAAAUCCAACAUCCUUAAUCUUGCAUACAAUUCUUCUACCUUGGAAGACGGGAAAAGUGCUUAUCUUGGAAGAUAUGAUGUAGAUGGGAUUGAUUCAGGAAAUCAAGAUGAGGCAGAGAAUAACGAGGAAAACGAUCAAGAGAAAGACUUAAAGAAGAGACACAGUGGAAGUACGAAUGCCUUCGAUUUGAACAAUUUGGUAGAAAUCAACGCUUAUUCAGUGAAAAAGCCUUCUCCAUUGAGAUACGGGUAUACUAACGAUAACAAAUCAUCUGAUUGA